UCCCUCUCUCCCUCCCGUCUUCUUCGUCACUGGUCACCGUAGCAAGCACAGGACAAGUCCGUAUUCGCCGUUGUCCCUAAAACUGUAAUCUCGUGUGGUGUCCAUACCGUAUACAACUAUCUCAACUAACUCUUGUUUGGUGGCCACUUUCAAAUCCCCACGAAAGAGGGUAUACAUUGCUGAGGUACUGUAUUCAGUGAUUUACGCCCCACAAAAGAGAAGGAGCAUUUUCCUCAGUCCGUGAGAGAGAGAUAAGGAAGCCAGCACCAUGAAUGCCCCAGAUCGAUACGAAAGAUUUGUUGUCCCUGAAGGCACCAAAAAGGUGUCAUAUGAGAGGGACACAAAGAUCAUAAACGCAGCAUCCUUUACAAUUGAGAGAGAGGACCACACCAUUGGAAACAUCCUCCGCAUGCAGUUGCACAGGGAUGAGAAUGUUCUAUUUGCCGGUUACAAGCUUCCUCACCCCCUUCAGUACAAGAUUAUUGUCAGGAUUCACACCACCAGCCAGUCUUCACCAAUGCAGGCAUAUAACCAGGCUAUUAAUGAUCUUGACAAGGAACUUGACCAUUUAAAGAGUUGUUUUGAGGCUGAGGUGGCAAAGCAUUCAGUGGAGUACUAAUAGGCAUUCAAAGAAUUGUAAGGAGGCAUAUUUUGACAAGAGAUGUCAGAUAAUUGUUGUUUGUUGGUAUGCAAAUUUGUACUGAUAUCGAUUAUUGCCUUUUGUAAACAUGGAAUCAAAGUACUUGUGUGAAUUUUAAUGAUGUGAUGUCUCCUGAAGUGUUUUUCUAA